UCCCUGUGUGUACGCCGCUCCUGUAGAAGCAGGAGGAUGAACUGAUGGCUCGUAUUUCUUUUGACUUUCACGUUAUGUUAUUUUGUGUCGCUACUGUUGCGGUUAGUUUCCGGCCCCCUGGCUUGUCGCCAUCCCGCUGGAUGUCUGUGAGAGCGGACUGACUGCAGGUGAAUGUCCGGAGUGUGAGAGCAGUCCUCUGGAUUGAUGCUGGCGGAGAACACGCUUUGAAAAAACCUCCAUCACCGCACGACUGAGUGUCCACUGGAUCUGGCUUGCUGCACUGCUAAAAAAAGGUUUUUCUCCGUCCUUCUCGAAGCCUUCUUGAUUUCACAAUGGGUUCCCGCAGCCAAGGCUUCUUCCACCACCACCACCACCAUCGUAGCUCCAUGGUGCCCACUCUGGUGCCGCGGCUACUGUCUGAGAACGGCAGCCUGUUGGGGAGCAUCGCCCAGAUCACCCCCAACCUCUUCCUCAGCAGAGGGAACGUGGCGUCCAACCGCAGCCUGCUGCUGUCCAAAGGCAUCACCUGUGUGGUCAACGCCACCAUCGAGCUCCCCAACUUCAACUGGCCUCACAUGGAGUAUGUAAAGGUCCCUCUGGCCGAUAUGCCCCACUCCCCCCUCUCGUUGUACUUCGACAGCGUGGCUGAUAAGAUCCACAGCGUGGGACGAAAGCGAGGGGCGGUGCUGGUGCACUGUGCGGCGGGGGUGAGCCGCUCCGCCUCUCUGUGUCUGGCGUACCUCAUGAAGUAUCACCGUGUCUCUCUGGCCGAGGCCCACGCCUGGGUCAAAGCCCGCCGCCCCGUCAUAAGGCCCAACGGCGGCUUCUGGCGCCAACUCAUCGAGUAUGAGAGGAAGCUGUUUGGCAGAAACUCCGUAAAGAUGGUGCAGACGCCCUACGGGGUCAUACCUGAUGUUUAUGAGAGGGACCGCAGGAGCCUGGCUCCGUACUGGGGCCUGUGAGAUCCACAGUGUGGAGAACGAGGAGGAAGUGAAGUUGAGCCCUUUGGCCCUCCUGAUCUGCAGCUUCAUGUGUGUUCAGGAACGGCUAAGUGAGACGUGUGUAAGCGUACAUCUGUUUAAGGCUUAUUUAAAGAAUUCUGGUGGCCUUGGGAUGGAGGAAGUUUUUAACCAAACACUGAUGGUUGAGGCUGUUCCAACCAGUCACCUCGAUGUAGUCUUUGGGCAGGAACAAUGUGACUCUUGAUCAGGACCACAACAAUGUCAGCGUGGAUAUCGGUGCUGUCUAUCUCCUGGUCCUUCUUUUUAGUUCCACUGUAGGAUGAGCCCUCGGUGAAGCUGUUCUCUGAGCUCUGCAGCUCUGACAGUGAAGCGACUGAAGUCCUUUUCCUGGCGUAAUGAUGUCAUGUGUGGUGGCGUUGUCCCAGUCCUGCAGUAAUCUUUAGUGUGAAGGGCAGCAGCAUUCUCUCAAUGUAUGGUAGCAUUUAAGAAACGUGUACAGAAAAAAUAUUGACAAAUUAUUUGAUUGGAAUAUAAUGACGGUGAGGAACAAAAAGCAUUCUUUAACUGAAUAUUUAAAGAUGUUAUUAUACCUGCCUUUUUUAAAGGUGAAUAUCUAGAAGUCAAAGGUUAGGUCCUGUGUAACACAGGGUUGACGGUUCCAUCCUGUGAACACACUAUGUUAUUGUAGUGCUUUUUGAUGCUGUUUAAAAAAAAAUAUAUAUAUAUAUAUAUAUAUGCCGCCUCUAGGGGAACUGGUAGCUCUAUGAUAGAUGCUUUGAAGAUUAUUUUUCAUCCCACUGCUUUGGCCAAAAAUAUCAGAGCAUUGGUUUUUGCUCUAAAAGAGGGAUGUCAGAAGCUAAAGGUCCUAAAUCUGCUGUCUUUUGUUGGUUGACAUUUUUACUUUGCUGCAUGUCCCGUUCCAAAAUCCAUAAUUACUGUGCACUUUAAAAAAUGAAUACUGCAGUAAAUCGCAUUACACCCAUUUAUCAGGACUUAAACCAAUAUUAUCACAAAAAAAGUAAAAGAUGCAGUGAUUCAUGCUUGAUGUCACCUUAUCACAUAUUGUGUAAAAGAUAUGUAAAGCCGAGUUUUAUGUAUUUUAAAUCCAGCAUUGUGUACAUCAAUGUUUAUGUGAUAGCAGUCUUAUUUUUUUCCCGCUUCUGCUGGUGCUUUGCUGCGUCUUCUGGCACAUUACCGCCACCAGUAGAUCAGUUGGAAAAUACUAAACCUUAUGCAGGAUUGUGUUUCAUGUUGCUUGUGAAAGAAACUAAAUACUAGUAAUAUUCACAGUUAAGCUAUAAUUGAAGAAGUAAAACAUUGCACAUUUGGAAAAUAACCAAAAAGCACAAACCAACCAAAUAAAUAUGACUCUAAACAACAGCCACCAUUUUCUUAUUUGUUUACCAGUAGCAUAUUAAAAUGUAUCCUAGCUGCCAGAUUUAGCUCUUCACAAAAACUAGGACUACUUUUUCUGUGUGUGUUCCAGAGCAAAUUCACACGCUUCAGAUAAUGCAAUGCUACGUGAAGUGGUUGAUGUGACGCAUUUAAAAUGACCUCUUAAAGUUGUCUGUUUUUAACAGUCCAAAAGAUAUAAGAGAAAAUGUAGCAAUUUAUGACGUUUUAGAAGCUGAAACAAGCGAUAAAUGAUUAUGAUUGUUUAAAAUCAUGAAUUUAUUUUCUUUCUGUUGUACUAAUCUCACAUCAUUUUAUCACAUGACUAUGACAUAUAUGACUGUAUGGGGUUAGGUUUGUAUGUUAAUUAACCAUGACUCUUACCUACUGUACACUGCAGUAAAACAUCACUGUUGGGUGUGGUCAUCUCACAUAACGCAGCAGUCAUGUUGACAUUUUCAGAAACAGAGAGAUCAGUGCAACAAUGUUUUUUUUUUAACAAUGCCAUAAUGUAUUACGUGUCGUAUUACAAUAUAAAAAAAGAAAAUAAGUUUAGGGGUGAUUAAGUAGGAUACAGAUGAUCUGUAAUCUGUCUCUAAUGUUUUCUUUCCCCAAGACAGUCGUAUUAAAAUUCUA